CACAUCUGGGCGGGCGCAUCUGGCAAACAACAUCGGCUCCCGCCGCCUGCCUCCAACGUCCUCCAACCGGCCGAACGGAUCUCACCGGGCCGCCGGAGAGGCUCCUGCCCGUCAGCCCCGGGCUCAUUCUUUCGGGCUGAAUCUUAAAAAUACCCUGGCAGCGCGGGGGGUGGGGUGGGGUGGAAAUAAAGGCUGCUAUUUUUUUCCCCUGGGCUUUAUUUCAUGGGGAUGUGUUCAAGACAAGAGAGGAUUCAGAAGGAUAUUGACGUUGUGAUCCAAAAGUGCAAGGCGGAGAAGGACUGCCUGUUUGCAGAUUUCAGGUACUCAGACUCCACCUUUACCUUCACCUAUAUUGGAGGCUCCAAAAGUGUGUCCUAUUCAGUGCAUGUCUCUGAGGAUUACCCAGAUAACACUUACGUUUCCAGUUCUGAUAACGAUGAAGAUGUAUUAGUCACAACAGAGCCAAUUCCAGUAAUUUUCCACCAAAUUGCUACAGAAUUAAGAAAAACCAGUGAUGUCAACUAUUGCUUAUCCAUAAAGUCAAAAUUACAGAGGGAGAAUGGAGAGGAGUCACGGCACAGCAGCACAGUUGAAGAAGACUCUGAAGGAGAUAAUGACUCUGAGGAAUUUUAUUAUGGAGGACAGGUUAGCUAUGAUGGAGAACUUCACAAGCACCCACAGCUGGAGGCUGAUUUAACAGCAGUGAGAGAGAUCUAUGGACCUAAUGCAGUAUCUCUCAGGGAAUAUGGAGCCAUUGAUGAUGUAGAUAUUGAUCUACAUAUUGAUGUUAGCUUUCUUGAUGAGGAGAUUGCUGUGGCUUGGGAUGUAAUUCGCACAGAGCCUAUAAUAGUGCGCCUGCACUGUUCUCUUACACAGUACCUAAAUGGUCCAGUGCCAACUGUGGAUGUAUUUCAGAUCUCUACUAAGGAAAGAUUUGGGCUGGGACAUCAGCUGAAAAAAAUUAUGCAGACAUUUGUUACACAACAGUGGAAGAACAGUAAAGAAAAAUCUAACUGUACGCACAAUAAAAAGGUGUCUGACAAAAAGGUGAAAUCCCCUCUGCACAUCUUUUCUACAUUGCGCAGGCACAGAAUUUCAAAGAGAAAAGACAUUAGAAAGCGUAAGAAAGAGUUUAUGAAUAGUUUGAAUGAAUUUGAAUGUAAUACGAUUUCUGCCAGUUGCUCAUACUCGUCGCCAAGUUAUCCUCCACCUGGCUGUGGUAAAAAUAAAUCAAAACUGAAGUCAGAACAGGAUGGCAUCUCCAAGACUCACAAAUUACUGAGAAGGACUUGCUCUAGCACAGUGAAGGCGGAGGAUGUGUGUGCCACAAAAUCUCACAGAACCUUUGGCCGCUCGUUAUCGAGUGACCCUAGGGCUGAACAGACAAUGGCUCUUAGAUCGCACAAACUGCUGAGUCGCGCUUGCUCUGCAGCUGUCAAGCAGGAGGAGUGCAUCACUUUAAAGCCCCAUAAGGUGUUAAAUAGGUCGUGCUCUGGGGAUCCUCGAUGUGAGCACAACAGCACCUUGAAGCCCCACAAACUUUUAAGCAGAUCCUACUCCAGUAACCUUAGAAUGGAAGAAUUGGAUGGAUUGAAGAAUCACAAGUUGCUCAGCAAGACCUACUCCAAUGCCCCUAAAUCAUCCAAAAUGGAGCCUUUCAAGGAGUCCACCAUGGCAGAGAGCAGGAGGCUCUCUCUUACCUCAGGGCUUAUUGGUAUCUUAACACCAUCCUCAUCAUCACCUUCACAAGCUGCUCAAAAUUAUGGUGCAAAAUGCAUUCCGGUGCGAGACCGUGGCUUUCUUGUACAGACUAUUGAAUUUGCUGAGCAGCGGAUACCAGUAUUGAAUGAAUACUGUGUAGUUUGUGAUGAACCUCAUGUGUUCCAGAAUGGCCCUAUGCUAAGGCCCACUGUUUGUGAACGGGAACUCUGUGUAUUUGCUUUCCAAACUCUAGGAGUGAUGAAUGAAGCUGCUGAUGAAAUUGCAACUGGGGCGCAGGUGGUUGAUCUGUUAGUAUCUAUGUGUAGGUCUGCAUUAGAAUCACCUAGGAAAGUUGUCAUUUUUGAGCCAUAUCCUUCUGUAGUUGAUCCUAAUGAUCCUCAGAUGCUGGCCUUUAACCCCAGGAAGAAGAACUAUGACCGAGUCAUGAAAGCAUUGGACAGUAUCACUUCCAUCAGAGAAAUGACACAGGCACCUUACUUGGAAAUAAAGAAGCAGAUGGAUAAACAAGACCCGCUUGCACAUCCUCUUCUACAAUGGGUUAUUUCUAGUAAUAGAUCACAUAUUGUGAAGCUACCGGUGAAUAGGCAACUAAAGUUUAUGCACACUCCCCACCAGUUCCUUCUUCUCAGCAGUCCACCAGCCAAAGAAUCCAAUUUCCGAGCUGCUAAAAAUCUCUAUGGAAGUACCUUUGCAUUUCAUGGUUCACACAUUGAAAACUGGCAUUCCAUCCUGAGGAACGGUUUAGUUGUUGCUUCCAAUACGAGGCUGCAGCUCCAUGGUGCAAUGUUUGGAAGUGGAAUCUACCUUAGUCCAUUGUCAAGCAUAUCAUUUGGUUACUCAGGGAUGAACAAGAAGCAGCAGAAGGUGUCAGCUAAAGAUGAACCAGCUUCAGGCAGUAAGGGUGGUAAUACAUCACAGUCACAGAAGAAAGGACAGCAGUCACAAUUUUUGCAAAGCCGUAACUUAAAAUGCAUAGCCUUAUGUGAAGUGAUAACCUCACCUGAUCUGCACAAACAUGGGGAGAUAUGGGUAGUUCCCAACACGGAUCACGUGUGUACAAGAUUUUUCUUUGUUUAUGAAGAUGGUCAAGUGGGUGAUACAAGUAUAAAUACACAGGAACCAAACAUUCAUAAAGAGAUUCUUCGAGUCAUUGGCAAUCAAACUGCUACUGGUUAAAAGGACCACUGUUAUUUAAUUGAUGUGAAGCCUUCCUCAGUCUCAAAGCUGGAUUUUGAACUGAAGAAGAUGCAAAAAACUAAUUUAUUAUUACUACACUAAGCAAAUUAACCAUUUGAAUACUUACUGUUUUCUUACUUAGUAUUUCGUAUCUCAUCAAAAUACCUGAGAUGGUAUCAAUUAGCAACUGCAGGGGUGCAAGUCUAUUAUUAUACUAAAACAAUUAAUAAUUAAACAGGCAUUUGGGUUGCUCACAAUAAACAGACAUUAAAAAGGACUUUUGUGCUCAUAUUUUUAUACUAAACUUCAAUUGGAAGUUUUAGUACUGUAUACUGAUAUUUUAAAUUUAGAAUGAAUUACAAGUAAGAGAGAAGAUUUUAUAGCGGAGCACCUGUAUUAUACAGGAUACUUUGCAAUAAGUAAAAUAUUCUCGUAUUAAAACACAAUAAGAGGUUGUCUGGAACACGUAAAAUUGAAGAGAAUGGUUACCUGCAGCUAUCUUUGAUUCUUUUUAUUUUACACAAAUGCAGUUAGCAUUUAAACUCAAAGGUGAGACAACAAUGCAUUUUUUAUUUACUGGGUGAAACAAAGCAAAAUGAAUGUGACGGUAUAUGUUUAGCUUUCUUUAUCUUCUCUGGAACACUGUCUUACCCAUUAAGCAGCUCAGUUGCAUUUUUUAAUUAUACAAGCCUAGGAAACACCUGGAAAACCUAAAGCUGUUAAUUUCCUUUUUAGAAUUUUUGGUUUUAUAUACUAGAUUUUACAAUUUCAUUAGAUCAACAAGGUUUUUUAAUGUUUGCAUCUUAACUUCAGUGAAACUGCUCUAUGAUGAAAUUUAUCCACAUAUUUUAAAGUAUGUGCUGAGUUAAGGCUUUUACAUGGUUGAGUUGAUUGUUGGUGCAUCAGAAAAUAUAUACAAAUGCAAAAUUCUCCUGAUUUUGUCUUGGUAAAAUAGUUUUAUUAAUUAAUUCCUAAGCUAUAAGAAAUCAAUUUAAAUAUCUCUGUCUUUUAAAUUAACAACUGUUUUUUCCAAGUGAGUAGGAUGGCAACACAGAUAGAGAAGGGUCCAGUCUCCAAGACAAAAAGCAUACCCUGUGCCCUGCUGAAUGCCCUUGGCAGCCCUCAUGGUGGCUAUCCUGAAGCAUCAACCACACCCUUGAAUAUGGAGAGCAAUUCAGCUUACCCAUCUGUGCAACUACUACAAGCCACCUCAGAAAGCAAAAAUAGACUGAAACCUCUCUUAUGUUACUUUCAUAAUAAAGAUA